GAGAGACUGCCAGGAUGUAUGUGCACGCCCGUGUUCACCCGCCCGUGCCCGUGCACCUGAGGAGAUGUCCGCCCCUGCCCCUGGACCCGCCGGCCGACUUCAUCCGGCAACAGGAGAUGGCCGUCUACAACCACGCCCACGUCCACGCCCGCAGCGUUAUGGGCAAGACGGAUCCCGGCCGAGGCGAGGACGAGAGCCAAACUGGCGAAGGAGGGCGGCGCUAUCGAGAGGGUGAGCCAGCCAUCAGUGAGAGCUGUCGCAAGCCACCUCUCUUGAAGGAUGUUGCGGAGUUCUAGUGAAGUUCUCCGUACCUUCUCCUGUUGUGUCUGCGUGGCUGCAGGGUUGGAAGCAGGGACCCGUCGGGGAUAGGGAUGUCGAGGUCAGUGGCCCUGCAGACAGGCAGACACGCAGGCAGCUGACCGCGCAGGUUUCACUGGUCUGUCUCUCAUUGCGUGCUGUCUGCUGGUCGCUGUGUGCAGGGGGCGCUACAUGAUUUGUAUUGGCUGCGUGUGGAGGGCAAGUUGGGGGGAGGCGGCCAAGGCCAGAUAUGGCGGCUCGAGGGGGGCAAGGUGGCGAAGGCUCUCGACACGGAGCACUCCAUCGGCGGAGUAGGCAUCACUUGCACUCCAUCGCUCUUGAUACGGGUAGGUUCCCAUGACCGAUGGACAUUUGGGAUUGUCGUAUCUCUCUCUUUGUCUCCGUCGCUGCUAUCUGGCAGUGGUCACAUUGCUGCGGAUGGCUGGGGUUGACCAAGCCAAGGCUUCGCAGAUCGCCGCUUCCACGGUACGAGAGGACCAAUGAAAUAUAUCGUCACAGACGGGCAUUCAGCCUAACGGCCUCCCUCUCUGCUUUGCCUCUCAUUCCAAUGCAGCCGACGUAGGAGUCCAUCCGCCGGGCCCUGCUGCCCUUCAGUCCCCCUGCUGGCCUUGUCAGUUUCAUCGCCGCCCUGUGCAAUGGCGCAUCCGCUGAGCAGGUCAGUCAGUCAACAGACACACAACUCCACCUUCCCAUGCCUUGUCAUUCCAUCUCUUGGUCAUGCAGGCCCUCAAGCAUGAGUGGUUGACCCCACCACCGCCUGCUGCCAUGCACAUGCCCCGACCAGUCGCUGCCGGUGAGUGGGCAAGGGACACUACUCAUCCAGUCUAUUGCCAUUGAUUCUCUCCUGCCCUUCACAGCCCCACCACCGCCACCGCUCAUCAUGCCGCCUCCAGCACCACCUCCUGCCCCGCCACCCACCCCAAUCCCGGCCCGCUGAUGCCUGCCUGCAACCAUGUCGUCCCUUGUGAGUUCCGCUUCCAAGAAGGGAAGGCCCGACGGACCGACACGGGCACAGGCAAGCUGAGGUGGCCGGGGAGGGGGAGGGGGAGGGACGCCAAGAGAGGACGGCGUGAGUUUGGAAUGUUUGGUGGUUUGAUCGAGUGGUUGAAUCGUUGAAGAGAGUCGAUGCGAAGCUUGAGGGGGAAAGGGUUGUUGCAUGACGGAUGAUGAGAGAUCCUGUCUGUCUGUUUGACUUGGGUGCCAUGAAUGGCUGUGAGACACUG